UCCUUUCCCUAGGACCAGCGCCGCCUACGUCUUGCGUCACUGUUGUCUGACCACAAGGUUUGAUGAGGUAAUGCGCAGGCGAAAAGCUGGUGCCCGGCGCAGUAGGAAGUGAUGAGGGGAAGUUUCUGUCUCCUUAAAUUUUCUGCGGAACGGUGGGUGUUUUCAUCCAUACAUUUCUUGAAAUCGUAGUUUCCCAAUCAGUUAAUGGCGGUUUGAAAGGCAUGCCUCUAAAAGGAUCGGGGUUAUCGACCGAGAUGUCGUAAGAAGGCCUACUGCUGGCUUUGCUCUCUCUGGGACGACUAAAGUGGGCGAAGGGAAGCCCGUCGUUGUUCCAGUGCCUGCGUACAACCUCUGACUCUCACCCCGUUAAAACUCAGCAACAUCUGUGUUUUGUUCAUUCUUCUGCCAAACAGAAUGACGACUUGAUUGCCCUCCAUAUUAUUCAUUACAUGUGUCAACACCAAAUCUCUGUCUGUACAACAAACCGAUUAUGUUACAGAAAUCAUUCAUAACUCCUGCACCUAUUUCUUAUUCCUGAUGGCAAGUUGAAGUGUAUGGAGCGACAGGAGCGGAGAGGGAACGUGACUGGAAGGGGACUGCUUUAGAGUUGCAGUUUAGAAACAUGGGCCAGUGUGUCACCAAGUGCAAAAACCCUCCUUCCUCACUGGGCAGUAAAACUGGAGAUAAAGAAUCUGGUAGCAAAUCACACAUUAAGAAAUCUGCUGUCUCUGGUGAAGAAUUUAACUCAAUGUGCGCAAAGGCUUCUGGAGAUAUACUUGCCAAUGGAACAAAGAAAACUGAUGUUGUAUUGGAAGCAACCCAGCCCCAACUUGCUCACUCUGGAGACAGUAAAAAAGAAGAACCCUUUUCACACCGUGAUGAGUUCUCACUAAAGAGAGCUGAAGAGUUGUUUAGCAGGUAUAAAGAUGCACAUGAGGAUGCCAUUUUAGAGGAGGGCAUGGAAUGGUUUUGCAACGACCUUUCUGUGGAUCCUACUGAGUUCAUAGUAUUGUUGUUAGCAUGGAAAUUUCAAGCAGCAACUAUGUGCAAGUUUACCAGGAAAGAAUUUGUUGAUGGAUGUAAAGCAUUAAAUGCAGACAGUAUUGAAGGGAUCCGUGCCAGAUUCCCAAGCCUUAUGAAUGAAGCCAAAGUUGAGGACAAGUUCAAAGAUUUGUAUCGGUUUACAUUUCAAUUUGGACUAGAUUCUGAGGAAGGCCAGCGAUCACUACGGAGGGAAAUAGCUGUUGCCCUCUGGAAACUGGUUUUCACACAGAACGUACCUUUCAUAUUGGACCAGUGGCUGAGCUUCUUAACUGAGAAUCCGCCUGGAAUAAAGGGAAUCUCUCGAGAUACGUGGAACAUGUUCUUAAAUUUUAUUCAGGUGAUAGGUCCUGAUCUAACAAACUACAGCGAGGAUGAGGCUUGGCCAAGCCUGUUUGACACUUUUGUAGAGUGGGAAAUGGAAAGAAGAAGAAAAGAGGGUUUGGCUGAAGAAACGUUGCAUUUAGUUACAGAGGCUGCAAAUGUGGAAAUGUUAGGACAAACUGCUACAGACUACCAUGUUACAGAUAAUGAGUAGUGAGCAAUAACUGAACAUGAUCUAUGUAGUUUACUGCUCCUCAUCACCCUCAAUUGCCUUGUUGCUAAAAGGGCUCCAAGAUGCUGUAAUAAUUUAUAGGCACUUUUUAAGCAAUUGGGUAAUACCUUUUUUAAGAUGCUUGUUCACAAAAGUAUGCAGUAAUUCACUAGUUGCCCUAAUAAAAGCAGCAUCAGUUUCAGCCUUUGAAUACUACUAGUAUGAAGUAGUCUGACAUCGUUAUUGCAGAGUUUUCUUUGCUUAUAAAAUUGUGAUGUUAUGGAAUUCCUUGGUUUAAAAUAUUGAAUAGUGCCAGAGCUCACUUCUGCAAAUUGAAUGAGUAAGAGACUGCUGUGUGUAAUGCUGCUUGUAGCAGUGAAAAUAAUAUAAAAUGUGAGUCAGUAUUUUAACCAUUUACCAGUUUACUGAUCGAGGAUUGGAGAAGUGUUGCUAUAUUCCAAGUGCUAGACUCUUGACGGUUGAAGUGGCACUGUAAUCUUUCAGUAUAUCUAGCUGGUGGUGUGUUACCACUGUACUCCUGUACACAGUGCAAGGUUCCAGGGUUUGCAGUACAUGCACACACAUUUCAUGUGUGGACUCAUCUCUGUGAAGUCUGUUUCUGUGUGUACACCUAAUAAACAUGGAUUAUUUUAAAUUCCCCCCCCGAUAAAGUCAGUGAUCUGGAUGUCAAUAUAAAAGUAUUGGUGUGUUUCAGCUUAUUAGGUUUAGAAUCAGUUGUUACGAUUUAGAUAGUGCUACUGGGGCACAUGAGGCGUGAUGAUAUUCACUAGUACUGGUUCACUUUGGGGGCACAAAAUGUGCAUUAAUAACAAUUGCACCUGCAGGUACCAUAAUGACCCCCAUUGAUGAUUUUUGCCUCAAUUACUAGUGAGUUCCAAGACCAACCUUUUGAAUAAAAUCAAAUCUAUGGCUGCCUUAACAUCUCAUUGGAGGGAACAACACUGUUACCCCGAUGUGUCAAGGUGGUUUGCUCUCAAAGCUCAUUGCACUAUUUUCAAAGUCUUGGCACAGGUUCAACACCGAAUAUUCAAGAAGCAAUAGGCAGCAGGACUUAAAGGAAUGGGCUCAGUCCUGCAAAUACUGUUGCCUUAACUAAAAUCAGCUGAAAUGGGAUUUAUUUUUUUUCUUGAAUUUAUUACUGAACGACAGGUUUCUAUUUAAUCUAAUGAGGUUUUUUUAAACCCAUUCUGAGUCCAUUCACGUUUUGUGAACUGUCCACUUUACUGUAUUUUUGUUACAAAGACAUUUAUAGUUACUGAGUGACAUGUGGCAAGUGUACUUGUGUCCUGACAUGUCAUAUUGCAUUCUACCACCUUUUGUUUGGUGUGUUACAUCCAUUGAGUAUAUCUUGCUGAUUUUUACAAAUACAUCAGAGGACUGGUUUCCAGUUAAAAUUUCCUCUCCUUCAAAGUUCCUGCAGGACUUUGGAUCUUGUCUGUACUGUCCUUUUUGGAUUACAAGUUCUUCCUAUCUUGGAUUUUACACAAAACCAACAAAUCUGAAUUUUCUGUGGCAGGAAUACAAAUUGACUUCUUAAAAUUCUGAUAUAUAAUCUGUGCAUUUAGCUUGUGCUACAUGUAUAUUUUAUAGAAUAAGUUUUGGUGCUUUCACUCUGGGCUGCAAUUCUGUGGUCUGUGGGAUUGUUGUGAGUCUUGUUGGUUUGUUUAGUUGUGUUACCAUACUUAAGAUACUUCUUGUUUUCUCCAUUUCUGAAAUUUACAUCACUUUACAUCACUUAUAGGUAACUUACUGAAAUGAACAACAUUUUGCUAAUGGUGUGCUUCUACCAAUACACUGUCGUGUUACCAUCAACUGUACAUUUUAUGUAUUCAGAUAUUGUAUAAAUAAUGGAUUUAUUUAAAGUUGAAAUGCUUUGUAUGUUUUACGUACUGAUUAUUUUCCAAUUAAAAGAGUCAAUUGCA